AUGAAUGUUGUAGGAGCGAGCCGCCUCUUGCGGAUCGGAUGGCCAUACCUCUGGCAGCCCGAGAUCGUGGACACUCAGAUCGGUUUGAUCGGAGACUUGGCGAUCGCGGCCGUCCCGGGAGAAUUCACCACCAUGGCCGGAAGGAGGCUACGGAACGCCAUGACUCAAGUCCUCGAAUCGCACGGGGCCGAGAAUCCGACCGUCGUCAUCGCAGGGUUAUCCAAUACCUACUCGGAUUACAUCACGACAUACGAAGAGUAUCUGGUCCAGAGGUACGAAGCAGCUUCCACGAUUUUCGGUCCCCAUACUCUUCAGGCGUACCUGAAUCAAUACACGUACCUAUUGGAAGCUGCCUUCUCGGGCGCCACGGUGCCUCCCGGGCCCACGCCUCCAGACUUGCUCGAUGAAAUGCUGACCUUCAUCCCACCCGUGCUCUUCGAUACUGCCCCGGGUGGAACCGAUUUCGGAGAUUGCACCGUGCCGCCUCCCGCCACCGUCAACCGUGGAGACGUCAUCCGUGUCGACUUCAUCACGGGACACCCACGAAACAACGUGAGACACGGAGACACUUUCCUCGCCGUGGAACGUCUUCUCGACACCGGCGAAUGGGAGCGAGUCGCAGUCGAUGCCAACUGGGAAACCAAGUACGAGUGGGAGAAUACGAAUUUCUUUUUGGGUGAAAGCGUGGCCCACAUCACGUGGCACGUCCCCGCCGAUGCCACACCUGGCACCUACAAGAUUCGACACUUUGGGGAGCAGAANACGUGGCACGUCCCCGCCGAUGCCACACCUGGCACCUACAAGAUUCGACACUUUGGGGAGCAGAAAGACAUCUUCAAGGCCAUCACUUCUUUCGAAGGAGAAUGCCCGCAGUUCCAAGUCGUCUGA